AUGGCGCUCAAUGUUGGUUCCCGCCGACCCCCAUGUAUCCUUCGGGCAUGUAUCCUAGGGGCUCAGCAGCCUAGAACUGCCGAGGUCAGGAAAGCGGUUCUACCCGGGACCCCGGGCAGGCACUCCCGUCCCGAGCUGGGCUGGCCUCCGAACGCGCCCCAGCGCGGCCCCAGCUUCGCACGUGAUGUCGGAGCAUCCCCGGCCAGCCGGCGGGACAGAUGCUUCCGCGCCAGAGGGGCUCCGGGGCGCGCGGUAGCCCCCGCCAGCCGAGGAUGCCCAAGGGAAGCGGGGAAACAGGGCGGAGAGGCGGCGACAGCGACCGAGGCCGCAGCGGCCAACCCGCUCACUCAGCCCGCCCGCCGGCGAACUCAUCGCGGGUGCUGGGCCGCGCUGGCCGCGUUUGAAGUCUCCGGCGCGGCCGCUGAUUGGCAGGCGCGGGUCACGGACAGCAAGGAAGGGGGGAAGCUGGUGUCCUACUCCACAGCCAGUCUUGGGGUUAGAGGAACCCUGAGAAAUAGAGUAGGUGGUGGCAGCUCAGAAGAGAAGAAACAGGCCGAAUACCUGGCACCUGGAAGAAGAAGGAAUAUAGUGCACAGGGGAGUUGGCCCAGGACAGAGAAGUGGGCCUAGUUAAAAGAGGCUUGAGGCCCACAUGGGGCCCUGACAUUUUUUUACCAGUACAUCUGAGCUCUUGUAGAUCCAAUUUUUAGUGGUGGAAACAUAACUUGAGGAGGACUCAGAGAAGCAUUGUCAUUUGGAUUGAAACUGAAGAGGCUCUGGGCAACUCACCAGAAGUCUAAGGGACUCUGUUCCUAAAAAGAAGAAAAGCUGGAUCACUUACCA